AAAUUUCUCGCUCGAUCUGAACUUUGCAGUCCUCGCAAUGCCGCUUCUGACCGAGGAUCCUGAUCUUGCGUCAAUUCCCCUUCGCCCACGAAUCUGCGAGGCGCUCAAACGAGCAAAUCUAUCGCUGGGGUCCGAGGUUCUCGAAGCAUCAGAAAGCGAGCUGCAGAGGAGGACUCAGCUUGAUGCCAGAGAUAUUGCUGAGCUCAUUGAGGCCAUUGUUUCGAUCGUCCAUCCGAUCGAGUCCGCUCGGCUGCCACUGAUAGAGCAAGGGGUCGUCAACAAGAGGCCCCGACUGAGCACUGGCGAUCCAGACGUUCUGGAUAGGGUCCUGCGCGGUGGGCUGCCGGUCGGGAUUAUCGAGAUCUUUGGUCGCAACGGUACCGGCAAGACACAGGUUGCAUUGCAGUUGUGUCUGUCGGCACAACUGCCACAUCACUGCGGCGGGCUUGAAGGAGGCGCCAUCUACAUCGACACGGAGCAAAAGUUCCAGUUUCAACGGCUAUAUCAGAUCAGCGACCACAUGCGAAAGCGCUUCCCAGCCGCGGCCCUGGACAGAGUCGGUGACCACGUUCAUGUGAUGCACAUCCGGGACUUUGACACCUUGCAUCAUGUUCUGAUGUACCAGGUGCCCGUGCUCAUGUCGCAGCGGCCGAUCAGACUCAUCGUCAUCGACUCGAUAGCAGCCACACUUCGCGCCGAGGAGACGAUGCUUGGUGGUGGCGAAAGCCUGCCGGCGGUUGAAAAGACACGGAUGCUGGACUCGGCAAUCUCGAUGUUGAAGCGCAUCAGCGACCACUACGGUGCGGUUGUUGUCUGCAUCAACCAGGUCUCGGAUGCGGUCAACACAUCCCAUCAAGCGUCUCAUCCAGCCGACUUUGCAGACCGCAACAUCCAUGGCAUGCUAGCCCUUGCUGGACAGCGGCAGGCAGACCAUAUCCCGGCGCUGGGCUUUGCCUGGUCGCAUAUGGUCAAUGCCCGGCUUUGGCUCACCCGGGACCGCCCGAUGGUGCAGGGCGACAACCCCUCCAACGACAUUCGUUUGCUACGGGUGGUCUUUGGGCCGAACAUGGCAAUGUCCGAUUACUGCGAGUUCUCUAUCUCGGGCGAAGGUGUGCAGGGUGUCGCCAAAUACAGUGCAUGAGCCUUUUUGAAACGGAAG